AUGUCCUCGAUAACAACAAAGGCAACUACCCGGAGACUCGACGAGGACUUUGCUCACUUUGGCUAUCCACACGCCAUUGUGACGGACAACACCACCUGUUUCUCGUCAGCCGAGUUCCAGACCUGGUGUGAGCAGCGGGGCAUUCAACACCUGCACGGAGCCCCUCUCCAUCCCGAGACGAACGGAGCAGCAGAGAGACUGGUCCAGACUUUUAAGCAGUCUCUCGAGAAGUCUGACUUGCCUCCCGCCGACGCCCUUCGGGAGUUUCUCAUGCACUACCGCCGCACACCGCUGGCCAGUGGUAGUAGUCCCAGUCAGCUCCUGAAUGGACGUCAGAUCCGUACGACGCUCGGUGUCAUCAUCCCAGCGCAGAGGCAGUAA